CGCUCUCUGUCGCUCUAGUGUGCUAUGCAAGCGCCCAGACCAGGCAAGUGACAGGGAGCGCACUUCUUUGGAAGGAGUUCCCUCCCCGGCUCUUCCUGAACAGAGAGGUGACAGUGAUGUUUGUCCACACGGAUCCCCCCAGCAGCACCUGAGGGCCUCCAGACCCUCUUGCCCGCCCUCCCCCACAUUUGCUCCUGACAAUCCGCCCCUGCUCACAUGCAAAUGCAAAGCAGAAGCCCAAGCUGGCUGCUGCUGUUGCUGCUGCUGUUGCUGCUGCUGCUGCUAUGGAUGGGAUGAGACACUUCCAGGCUCCAGGCAGGCAUCUCUCAGUGGCUGAGCCUCGCCUCCUUCGUGAAGCACCAGAGGUCGCUCUGGUUGGCUUAAAGCUACUUUUUGCAUCUUGGGCAGCUCAGUCAGAUCUUCUCUUCUGGAGUUUGUGGAAAGGAUUUUGCAUGUGGUAGGGAGGGAGGGGUGCUGCUGGAGGAACUGGUGGUUGGGAAAUCUCUCUCACACUCUCUUCCCCUCCGGUUUUCUGUUGAUGACCAUAUGAUCUGGCACAAGGAGCCUGGAGCUGCUUUGCGGUCACCAGCUGAGUUCUCAAGUGGGGAAGAGAAAGGAAGGCAAUUCUAUAUCCAUACACACACACACUUACAUAUUCACACAUACACAUAUGCACACACAUACACACUUUUCCUUUCCAGCCAUCUCCAUCUCUACUACAUCUCCUGCUGCUGCUACUGCCGCUGUUGCUACUGCUGCCGCUGGUGCUGCUGCUCACAGGGAAGCAUGAGCCAGCCAAAGUGUCUACUAUAAAGCGAAGUAUCUCGUGGAGGGAGACAGACACCGAGCUCAGCAGAACUGGGCCACUUAGGACAGAGUUUGCUUCGUGAGUCAACAAGUGCUUCCUUCCCAGGGACAAGGAGCCACAGUGGAGCAUCACGCCAAGGGCGCUCAAGGCGGUGGGACCUCCGUCCGGGUGAUCGUUGGCUCCAGAGAAACUUCCACCAUUACCUCCAAAAGCGAAGACGAUUUCUUAACCCUGGCCGCCUCCAGGCUGAGCCGGAAAAAAAGAGUCAUUGGGGCUGCCAUUGGGGUGGCCAUGGUGCUGGUUCUCCUGGUGGCCAUCCCGUUGCUGGUGCACAGCUCCAAAACCACCUCUCACUAUGAGAUGUUGGGAAGCUGCCGUAUGGUUUGUGAUCCCUAUACGCCACAAACCCAUGGGGCAGCUUCGGCAGAGUCCAGCCAGGAGUUGGCCGUCAUCUCCCCACCUCCUUAUGUGUCUGGAGGGAGGGGAGACCCAGGGAGGAAGGGCAAGUCUGGAAUCCGUGGUCCACCUGGCCCUCCAGGGCCACCUGGGCCCAAAGGGCCAGCUGGAGAGCCAGGGAGGCCAGGUCCUCCAGGCCCACCUGGUCCAGGGCCUGGGGGUUACAUUCCAACCUUCUAUAGCCCUAAGAUCGCUUUCUACGCGGGACUCCGGAAACCACAUGAAGGCUAUGAGAUCCUCCGCUUCGACGACGUGGUGACCAAUGUGGGGAACUACUACGAACCCUCCAGUGGCAAGUUCACCUGCCCUCUACCUGGCAUCUACUUCUUCACCUACCAUGUGCUCAUGCGUGGGGGUGAUGGCACCAGCAUGUGGGCAGACCUGAUGAAGAAUGGGCAGGUCCGCGCCAGCGCCAUUGCACAGGAUGCUGACCAGAACUAUGACUACGCCAGCAACAGUGUGAUCCUCCACCUGGAUGUUGGUGAUGAAGUCUUCAUCAAGCUGGAUGGAGGGAAGGUGCAUGGAGGCAAUACCAACAAGUACAGCACCUUCUCAGGGUUCAUUAUCUACCCAGAUUGAGCCCCCUUCUACCUAGCUCCUUAUUUCUGCCCCAAUUCCCAUUCUGCCUACCCAAAACACCCUUCCCUUCUAGGUCAGCUCUUAUUCUCCUUGGCUUUACCGCCUCCCUGGAUUGUUGGGGGGUCCCUUCUGCAAGUUCCAGUCUCUAGAGGAUGGAACUGAGGAAAAACUCUGGGGAGGUGGCAAUUCAGAUCCCCUCCCCACAUUCUUGGGUUAAUAGCAAUGCUAGGAGGGUGGGUGGAUUAAGGGUUUUAUGGUGCAUGGGGAAACGGGGAGGGGGUGGACACAGGGUAAUCUAAUAUCAUCGUGGGUGGGACCCUGGUCAGUAGAAGCAAUGGCCUCAAGCAGAGGCAGAAUCUAGAUUUGGGAUACGCCUCCUUUGAAGGGAAGGGCAAUGAAUGCAGUAUGGAGCCCAAGCACACUGCAAACUGGGUAUGGAAUUCCAUUUCUAUGUUAUCCCCUUUCCUAAGUAUCUCUAACAGGCCAGGAUCUGAAGAGGGACAGUUCCAUUAGUCCAACCAACCAACCAACCAACCAACCAACCAACCAACCCUUCUGUCAACAUUUUCAUGAAAUAAGUCAUUUAUUACAUGUCAUGCAUUACAUUUUCUUCCAGCAAGUUCGAGGUGGCUUAUGCGACCUUUCCCUACAGCUUCAUUUUAUCCUCACAACAACCCUGCGAGGUAGUUUGUGACAGUGAGGACAGUGACUGGCCCAAGGACAUACACUGCAUUAUGUGGCUGAGAGGGCUGGAGUUGAUGUCUGUUGCUUGUUUGAACUUGUGUGUGCACCUCUCUCUCUCUCUCUCUCUCUCUCUCUCAUCCAGUCAAACACUCGGUACACUAGCUCAAGGUGUCUCAUACACACAGGUUUUUCCCCCCAGAGACCAGAUAAUCAGUUGUGAAAGGGGGGGGGGGUCAGUAACUAUACAGAUGAUAAAUGUAUCUUGAAGAAAAAGACAUUGUCCUUUUGAUUCAAUGGGGAAAGUCAGGCCUUUCAGAGUGGGAGGUGGGAAAACAAGAUCACAGGAGAGUCAGCUAGAGUGGGCAUUGAUUUUCCCCACUUCCAUCCUGUGCAGGAAUU